AAAUUUCCCGCCAUAACGCUUUCGUUUCGCCUAGGUUUUCGACGUUUGAUACUUGUGAUUAUUUUGAAAUCCGCUUAAUUAAUUUUGCAAAAUGUCUGGUCGUGGAAAAGGUGGUAAAGCAAAAGGAGGAAAAAGCAAAACACGUUCUAGUCGUGCUGGAUUGCAAUUUCCAGUAGGUAGAAUUCAUAGACUUUUACGAAAAGGUAAUUAUGCGGAAAGAGUUGGAGCAGGAGCACCAGUCUAUUUAGCUGCAGUAUUAGAAUAUUUAGCGGCUGAAGUUCUGGAAUUGGCGGGAAAUGCAGCCCGUGACAACAAGAAAACUCGCAUUAUUCCUCGCCAUUUGCAACUUGCCGUUAGGAAUGAUGAAGAAUUGAACAAAUUACUCUCUGGUGUUACUAUUGCUCAGGGUGGAGUGCUUCCUAAUAUUCAAGCUGUUUUGUUACCCAAGAAGACAUCUGGUGGACCUGCGAGCUCUGGAAAAUCCAGCAAGAAGGGAGGGCCCAGUCAAGAAUUCUAAAGUGAAUCAUGUAUAAACUUUCCAGACUUCAUUGGUUAACUUGUCAUCAUGUUUAAAAAAUCUCAUCUCGAAACUUUGCUGUGGCAAUGAAAGCUUUUAAUUUCCACAUUUGUGCUAAUUUUUUAAAUAAAUAUGUUUUGAUUCUUA